AAGCCGUGAGUCGGAAGGGCGCCGCCGCGUCAACAGUCGCGGCGGCGGGGCGGGGGCGAGGCCGAGUGCGCGUGCGCGGCCCGCGCGGGCGGGGGAGCGAGCGUGGGGUGGCGGGAGCGAGCGUGCGCGCGCGCGGCCAGGCAGCCUGGGCAGCGGGUCCUGCCUGUAACGGGAGGCGGUGGACUGUCCUCUGUGUGACGGCGGCGGCUUCUGCUCCAGACACCUGCGGCGGCGGCAGCGGCGGCGCGAUCCGACUCCGCGGCGGAUGCGGAGAUGUGGCCCCUGGUGGUGGUGCUGCUGCUGGGUUCGGCGUGCUGCGGUUCAGCUCAGCUAAUAUUUAAUAAAAUCAAGUCUGUAGAAUACACCGUUUGCAAUAAAACUGUUGUCAUCCCAUGUUUUGUUAGUAACAUAGAGGCGAAGAGUAUUAGUGAAUUGUACGUCAAGUGGAAAUUGAAAGGAGAAAACAUUUUCAUCUUCGAUGGAAAUCAAAACCAGUCCAGUCCCAGCAAAAACUUUACAACUGCAAGCAUCUCAUCAUCAGAUUUACUAAUGGGCAUUGCGUCUUUGAAGAUGGAUAAGCAUGAUGCCGUCGUAGGAAACUACACUUGUGAAGUAACAGAAUUAAGCAGAGAAGGUGAAACCAUCGUAGAAUUAAAAUAUCGUAUUGUUUCAUGGUUUUCUCCAAAUGAAAAUAUCCUCACUGUUGUUUUCCCAGUUUUGGCUAUACUUCUGUUUUGGGGACAGUUUGGUAUUGUGACACUCCAAUAUAAAUCCAGUUUUACGAGGGAGAAAACUAUUUUUUUAUUAGUUGCUGGACUAAUGCUCACCAUCACUGUCAUUGUUGGAGCCAUUCUUUUCAUCCCAGGUGAAUAUUCAGCAAAGAAUGCUUGUGGACUUGGUCUAAUUGUAAUUCCUACAGCAAUAUUAAUAUUACUACAGUACUGUGUGUUUAUAAUAGCUAUUGAGAUGUCCUCCUUCACCAUUGCCAUACUGAUCCUUCAGGGCCUGGGCUACGUGCUCUCUGUGGUUGGACUAAGCCUCUGUGUCUCAGAGUGUGCCCCGGUGCAUGGCCCUCUUCUGAUUUCAGGUUUGGGUAUUACAGCUCUAGCAGAAUUACUUGGAUUAGUUUAUUUGAAAUGUUUUGCUUCUGAUCACAGGACUAUACAGCCUCCAAGGAAAGCUGUAGAGGAACCCCUUAAUGCAUUUAAAGAAUCAAAAGGAAUGAUGAAUGAUGAGUAACUGAAGUGAAGGGAUGGACUCUGAUUCUGAGAGUAGUAAGACGUGAAAGAAAUUCACCUGUGUUAAAGCACCAUGGCCUUGAUUCACUGUUUGGGAGAAGAAAACAAGAAAAGUAACUAGUCUCCAUCUGUGGGAGAAAGUAAAUUGUUGGCCUUCGAAUGAUUAUUACAGUUAAGUUUUUAUUUAAAGUGUUUUUAAUUUAGUUAAUAAAAGAAUUAUGAUCUGUGUUGUGUGCCCAA